UACUCUGUUGACUAGGCUAUGAACUAGUCUGUUGACUCUAAUAUACUAGUCCUGUCUAAUAAGUACUUAAUAUAGCGUGUGGAUUUUGCGGUGUUUCUCUAUGUCAAAAAGUACUGUUGGAAGUACAUUACUAUCGAAUUUUCCAUAUCUGUCACAUACUGUCUCAUCAUACUGUUAAUAACAGAGCCAUCCUCUCUCUCUCUCUCUCUCUCUUUUAUAGCAACAGCAUCAAACUUUCAAACCUAUUAGAGAUAUAUUUUAUCACUGAAAUGUAUAUGUAUGUAUAUAUGAGUGUGUGUGUAAGUUUGUGUUUAAAGUAUGGGGAGGUGAGUGUAGCAUUAGAAAAAAAUCUUUAAACUAGAAGAAGACAUUACAAAAACAAACAACAAUUAAAAGGGAAUUGUAUAUAUGAGGUGGGCCUGAUAGAAAAUGUGACGUCAUUAAAUAAGAAAAAAAAUAUAGAUAAAAAAUACAAAAAAAAAUACAAAAAAAAUAUAUAAUAGAAUAAAGUAAAAGUUGUUAUAAACAAACUGUACCCAGCAAGUAGGAGAGCAAGUUCGUGUGUAGGUUGGCCAAAGAGCUGAGUGAGUGCUUAAUUGAGUGAGUGAGUAAAGUGCUUAAAAAAAGCUUUUUUACGAUUUUAAUAAAUAGUUUGAGUUUUUUUAUUUUUAUUUUUAAAAGAGUGCUUUUAUUUAUGCCAUUUACUUUAACUCAACUGGCAUUAAGCUCAACAAUUGGAUUUUAGUACGAUUCAAUACUUAAAACGUGACGGUUUACAGUAAUUCUAGAGUCUAUGCUAUUUUUUAAUUAAAUAUAGACUGACUUGUAAAUUUAUUAGAAAAAAAUCCACAUUAUAUUAAUAUUAAUAAAAGAAGAAAAAAUAACUAUUAAAGUUUAAUUUUAUUAAAAGAAAAGAAAAUUUUAAUUUAGGGCUUAAUUUUCUUUAAUUUUAUUUUCCCAUGAAAAUCUAAAAUAAAGUGUUUAAUAAAAUUUACAAAAAAAAAAAAAUCUUUUAAAAGAAAAAAAAAAAAAAGAAAAAUUUUUUUUAUACAAUUACACUUGAGGUGUGAGUGUGUUAAUGAAAAAUUUCAAAAAAGAAAAAUUAAAAAGCAAAUAAGAAUAAUUUACGAAAAAAAUACAACAGAAACAAAAAGAAAUUUUUAGAAAAAAAAAUUUGUAUUGAAUUUUAAUAAAUUGAGAAGAAGAAGAAAAAUUUUAAAGGCAGCUAAAGUAUUUAAUUGAAUUUAUUGCAACCACGCCCCUGCUGACAACAAGCCCACCACCUUUACAACUCAUACACAAGAUUUUUAAUUAUUGUUUUUCUUUAACAAUUUGUUGCAAUUUACAAAAGUGUUUUAAAUUGUUGUAGAUUUUUUUUGGAAAUUUUUUUCUUUAACAUUUAAUGUUAAACAAAAUUGAAAAAAUUAUUAAAUAAAGAAAAAAAAAAAAAAAAAAUACAACAAAAUUAUAUAGUUUUUUUCGUGUUGCCUUCAUUCUGUGUUUCAACCUCUGUCUUCUCUGUGUGUGACGUUUUAUUGCAACAACAGUAGCAGCAGCAGCAACAAAAAAAAGCCAGCAACCUGUAUAUGUGCAACCAGCCCCCUAUGCCAAUGUUUUAAAAUACGGAAUCCACAAUAAUUUUAACGUGCGGGACACUAGACGCACCCGAUUCGUCAUAUCACACACAAAGAUCCAACAGAAUGGACGUUUAUCAAAUUGACGAUGGUUUUCAUUCAGACGGUGGCACCGAAACCCCACCACCAUCACCCAGUUCCGGCUCAUCGAUAGCCUCCACAUCAGAUCAUGGCUCGCUGGAGAGCGUCGAUACGGGUGGUACACAACGUUUGGCUGUACUGUCAUUCGAACAGGUACGCAAACUACACAAUGUCAUGGACGAGAAGGUGGCCAUACAUGGACGCGGUAAUUUUCCCACAUUGGAGGUAACGCUAAAAGACUUGGUGAAUUUGGUGAGGCGCAAAUUGGAGGCGGAUGUGGGUUCCGGUGGUGCCGGUGUGAUAGUCAAGGAUAUACGCUUGAACGGCGGAGCAGCUAGUCAUGUAUUGGCUUCAGAGGAUCAGCCUUAUAAUGAUCUGGAUUUAAUUUAUGCCAUUGAGCUGAGCUCACCACGUCACUUUGAUCGUGUCAAAACAGCGGUACUGAACACAUUGCUCGACCUAUUGCCCGAGGGUGUCUCCAAGCGUCGCAUCAUGCCGUGUGCGCUCAAGGAGGCAUACGUUGGCAAAAUGGUUAAGGUGAAUAAUAAUAACGAUGGCGAUCGCUGGUCGCUAAUAUCAUUGGGCAAUUCGCCCGGUCACAAAAAUGUCGAACUGAAAUUCGUCGAUACUAUGCGGCGGCAAUUCGAGUUUUCCGUCGAUUCCUUCCAAAUUGUUCUCGACUCGUUGCUGCUCUUCUACGACUGUGCAGCCUUGCCAAUAUCGGAGAACUUCUAUCCCACCGUCGUGGGCGAGUCCGUCUACGGCGACUUCCAAGAGGCCUUGUAUCACUUGGAAAAGAAACUGAUCUCAACGCGGCAACCCGAAGAGAUACGAGGCGGUGGUCUGCUCAAGUAUUGCAAUUUGCUGGUGCGCAACUACAAGCCAGUCGACAAUCAGCGCAUCAAAACGUUGGAGCGCUACAUGUGCUCGCGUUUCUUUAUCGAUUUUCCAGACAUCAAUACCCAGACUGUGAAAUUGGAGGCCUAUUUAAGAAAUCACUUCUGGGGUGUCGACGAGGAGCCCUUGCAGUACCAGUACCUGAUGCAUUUACGUGAGGUGGUGGAGAAUUCAACAGUAUGCCUGAUGGGUCACGAGAGACGGCAGACAUUGCUGUUGAUACAAUCGUUGGCCGCACAGGUGCUGUACAAGGAGCAGCAAAAGCAGGUUCAUGAACAGCAGCAGCAGCAGCAACAACAUCAUCAUCAGCAGCAGCAUCAACAACAGCAGCAACAGCAUCAUCAUCAACAGCAGCAACAACACCAACAGCAACAGUAUCAGCAGCAACAUCAACAUUUGGUUGAGCAACAUACAACCACUAUGACUAUGGUGAAUACAACGCCGUGUCAAACACCGCAGCAGCAGCAACAGCAGCAGCAACAACCUCACAAUACACACACCAUCUACUUACAACAGGUUCCACAAACGCCGCCACAAACAGCCACCAUUUGCUGUGCCAUGCCAGCCACAAACCCAGCUGAUCAGACCCAGCAACAGCAGCAACAGCCGCAAACCCAACAAUCACAACAGCAGCAACAACAGCAAACGGUUCCUCAAACGGCUCAGGCCUCAACGGCACCACAAACAAUACAAAUACAAGCCGGUCCUCCGGGUUUGAUUUUCGCCAAUGGCGUCUACUAUGCACCUGUGAUUCCCACAACAAUUUGCACCUGCAAUUCGACAUGGCUGAGUACGUGAUUAAGUGUCUCACCCACAACGACCACAACAAAUACAACAGCAACAGCAUAUACGAAGGCAGCAACAGCAGCAGAUAUAAUUUUAACAACCACAACACCAACAACAACAUCAACAGUAGCUCCGGCCAAGUUUAUUAUAGAUUCCAUUAUACCCUUUUCCAGCACAAGCAACAAAAGCAACAACAUCAUUACAUCACUCAUUAAUUCCACUACAGAAGCCGCAAAUGCCGCCAACACCAACAACAACACAUCCCCCUUCAACCUUAAAACUUCCAUAAAUAAUUUAAAAUCUUCCCCCACAACAACAACAACACCAACAGCAACAUCAUGCUGUCUACACGACGAUUUAGCAGAGGAUACCCAACCGACCAUACCCACCAUGGCGGGUGAUCUAAUACUAACCCAUGAACAGCAUGAAUUUCAUCUUGAAGGCAACAUCGAAGAAUUACCCCCAGUUCUAGUACAGGCCAAGGACAAGCAGAAACUUACAGGCGAAUUUGCUUAUUUCUAUCCCUACGAUGGUUCUGAGCCUUCUCUACUCUUAAUAGGUAAAGAUUUUUAUAUUAAUGUAACACCUCAAUUAAGUUGAUUUACUCUCGAUCAAGUGCAUGAAAAAAACCCCCUAAGUGAAGAAUUAUUGUCUUUACUUGCUAACGCCCAAUGAACGAGAUCACACCAACCAUACUUUACUACAGCAGAUAUAGUUUUAGUUUAAUAAUUAAUAGAAUUAAAUAAAUAAUACAGUAAUAGUAAUAUAAAUGUGACCCAAACCCCUCCCCCCC